GGGGGCCUGCAGGGACCUGUCAGCAGCAGCAACUUUGUGAACGGGCCGCAGCGACGUAAGCAUCUCUGCAUCAUCAUCUUUACAAAGCAAAGGGAAUAUUUCCUUAUUGGGAAAUAGGAAGCUUUUUUUUGACACUCAUGCGCUGGUAUGCCUCUUGGAAGAAAAUGGGUUCACUACUCAGCAGUCGGAGGUCAUUGUGUCCGCGUUAGUGAAAAUUAUGAACACCAACCUGGAUAUAAUUUACAAGGACAUGGUCACCAAAGUACAGCAGGAAAUUGCACUUCAGCAAGUAAUGUCCCAUAUUGGUGGUGUGAAAAAGGACAUGAUUAUUUUGGAAAAAAGCGAAUUUUCAGCACUUCGUUCAGAAAAUGAGAAAAUAAAACUUGAACUCCAGCAGAUAAAGAAGCAAGUCAUGGAUGAAAUUACGAAAGUUCGUGCAGAUAACAAGUUAAAUCUAAAUCUAGAGAAGAGCAGAGUAAAAGAAUUGUACUCACUUAAUGAAAGAAAACUACUUGAAAUGAGGACAGAAAUAGUGGAAUUGCAUGCACAACAAGAUCGAGCUCUGACCCAAACAGACAGAAAAAUAGACACAGAAGUUGCAGAUCUGAAAACAAUGCUCGAGUCGCACAAACUUGAUAAUAUCAAGUACUUAGCAGGUUCAGUAUUUACAUGCCUUACUGUAGCACUGGGAUUUUAUCGUUUAUGGAUAUAAUAAAAUGUCAGUUUAAAGGGACUUCUACUAUCUCAAUUUCUGAAAAAAAAAGAAGUUUUAUCUUUGCCUGGACUUUAACCAAGUCUUGACUAUUUUAUUUAUUGUUUUUUGUAAAGCAAGCUGUACUGAGAAUGUAACCAAAGAUGUGCCUAGAAACAAACUAUACACCUAUUGUGCAUAUUUGGAAACUUACCUCUGAUGACAGCAUGGUAUACGCAUUUCUGCCGUUUCCCUCCAUUCUGAACUGCAGUACACCUUGCUGCUACCAAGUGUCAUAUAAGCAGAGACGGGCAUUCACAGCAAUCGAAUGGGGCUGCAUGCAGUAGAGAAGAAUCUAUGGAAUUAGGUUCCCUUGCCUAUUCCGACAUGCUCACCGGAGUCAGUUGCAUAUAUCAGACUGAAGUCUUGAUUAUUAAUGUAAAACUGAAACUACAUGUUUUGUGGCUUGGAGGCACUCUUGUAUAAGUGGCAUUUGUGUUAACCGAAUCAUGCUUAAUUCCCCCCUUCUAACACUUGUUCAUACAGUUAUUAUGGAUCAAGUAUUUGUUCUGCUAUUUUUAUAACAUUACAGUUAUCAGCUUGUUUUCCAGAUGGCCAUCCAAUCAGUCAUGUUUCAUAUAAGGGUACUGUGUAAUGAUAGCAGUGUUUGCUGCUAGUUUUGUUUGUAAUGUGUUUGUAGAGGUUUUUGUGGCUAACUUGCCUUUGAUACAUAUAAGUAUCUGAUACUCAUUCCAUGUGCUAAUUGUUAACUUUUACCACUGAAACUGGAAGUUUGAAAUGCAGUAAAAUACACUAGUUGUGUUAAUUUACGAAUGAUAUGAAACGUCUCUGGUGCUGCCUUCUUGAUGGAAGGGAAUUGAUGCUUCUAGAAAGGAACGAGAUUUUAAAUGGUUGUUAUGAAGCAGUGUCUUGGGCGAGGGAAUGGCAAUACUGACAGUCUUCUG